AUGGAGCAGCUGCAGACAUUUGCGGGUCUUUUGGAAGCGUCGCGGCACAGGCAUGCACCCCAGUUCAACGGACGAGAAGCCCCUACCUCAGUUCCUGGCUCUCGUGCUCACUCAGCAUCGUGUAUUCGAACUCCGCGCAGAGUUGGUUCUGCCACUGACUCUGUACGAUUUAUCAUACGUGAAUUUGAACUGCGUCGUCGCGGCGCAGAAGACCCAGUACGUCAUUCCUUCCCUCUCGAUGUGAUAAGUAAACGGAGUUCUAUACAGCAAAUCAGUUAG